AUGGCGCAGGCAGAUGCAGUGGCAGGUGGUGUCGAGCAGCGAGCGGAUGGUGAACACAUGGCCGGAGCGUGGAAGCACGGCGGGAUGAUUGGGAGGCUGGCUAUGGUGGGGAAGCCAGGCCGACUGGGAUCCGACGGCGUCUUGUCCGUGUUGACCCAGCUAGCGGCGCAUCGCCGCAAGCCUCGCAGCCAGGCACGCGCAGUAGUGCGCCGACUGCCCCGCGGUGAGGGCUCGCUGCCACCGAUGGAAACAAGCAGCGUGGGCAGCAUUCCGGGCCCGCGGUGUUGCUGUGGGAGCAUCGACUGUGCCUACCUCGCCCACAACGGGCGCCUGCUCGAGGGCCUGGAGCGCGAUGUGUCAAAGGCCGCCCAGCUGGGCCAGGCUCUCCUUAUCCGCCAUGAAGCCUAUGUUGUUGACUCGGAACGGGAACGCCGGCAAAUGGUAGCCACCAUCGACAGCCUCGAGAAAGAGAAGCUGGCGCUCGAGGCCAAGAAUGCCCAGACCAUCAAGGCGAACCGCGACCUCCUGGACCAGCUCGAGACGCUCAACGACGCCGUCGCCAGCUCCGAUUCCCAGAUCCAGGCCCUGACCGACACGCUACGCUCGACCGAAGAGGAACUCGACCGCCUCAGCUCUCUCGCUGCACAGACGCAACAUCUGGAGCAGCAGCUUCUCGAACUCGAACUGGAACAAGCGCAACUGCAAAGUAACAUUGCUGCCAAGCUUGUCGACGAACGCACCGCCAUACAACGCUGGAAAAAUGCCGAACGGACUAUUGGAGACCUGCAAGACCAAAUCGACCGCAUCGAAAGAGAGGCUCGCGAGGAACGGCAGCGACAUGUCGAGGUUGUGGCGCGCAUGGAACGGCGAAUGGCAGUCGAAGGCGAACUCAACACGGCAGCCGGACGACUCAAGGCAAAAGCAGGGCAAGAAAAGGCUGGCACCAACGUGGUUUCGCACUUCGUCAAGGACAUUCUUCUCGACAACGCCAAUCUGCAGCACGGUAUACUCGAACUCAGGGAAAUGCUCGGCAACUCAAAUGAAGAGGUGGAGCGACUGCGCGACCAGCUCAAGCUGCACCAACCCGUCUCCUCGUCCCCUACCCAGGAAGCCUCCACGCCAACCCUACAAAAAGAGCUUGAAAUGGAAUCAGACGGCCUUUUGAACCAGGAACUGCACAUCCACCACCACUACCACGGGCCCAAAGGCGGCAAGAAUCUUCCCAAAGCGCAACCCUCACGACGCCCCAAGAAGAAGCGAUUCAGUCUGACGCCAACACACUUUGACCCACCGCCGCCCCAGCUCGACCGCUCUUCAACCGCCACGAUUCUGAAUCAGACUGCUGUGUCUGUGCCCAACACGCACCGCUGGUCGCAGGCAACGACUCUGACCGCCGGCUCCGUGCCCAAUUCGCCAGUCUCUGAAUCACACCGUGGCUCCAUGUACGACCGAGUCUUCAGCGACGUUGCAUAUGACUCCUCCCGGCCUACGAGUCCGCCAGACUCGAUCGAUUUACAGUCACCCAUGUUCGGCCCAGCACGAUCCAUCGACUCCCGAGACCCAGAUGCAACGCCCCGCCAUCGACGCCGCAAGUCUUCGAGCACGCCCAUUUCCAUGUCUGGUAAGAGUAGUCCUGCCACAGCCAUCGUCUCAGCAGUCAGUCCUGCAAAUUCGCUUGGAAACGAUGUCUUCACGCUCUCGCCGCACAUCCAACCACUGCCUCAAGCUGCGAUCCCAGAAGAGACGGAGGAUUCCUCGAUAUCGACUGCUGGAGCCUCUUCAAUAGCUUCGCCGUCUUCGCUACUAUCGCCGGCCUCACAAGUCUUUGCGCCUAAUGACCUUCUAUCGCCGCUUACGUCAAUGCGUCCUGGCCUCCGUCGCGCCACGUCUCACGAAUCUCUCAUUUCAGUCUCCGGCAUGGAUAUCCACACGCUUCAAUCACGACCCUCGCAACUCCUCUACUCCGCGUCGCCCCGCUUCUCCACGCCCGGCAACGCUGGCUCAAUCGGCCCCGAACUGACCCCCUGGACCGCCACUGCCCACGGCCAACUCUCUCGCAAAACAUCCGAAAGCAGCCAGCUCAACCGCACCAUCCUCUACUCCACCAUGGCGAACCAAAAGCGCGGCCCCCGCAAGAGCGACGGCCCCCAGCCCGGCUCCAGCGGCGGCAUCACCAAGAAAGUCGGCGGCUGGGUCUUUGGCAAAUGGGGCGCCACGCCCGCAUCUCCCACCAUCCCCGAACCACCCAGACCAACAUCGUCGCAUAGUCACGAGACACAGUCCAGCCUGGGCACCACCCUUUCAGAAGGUGCGAAGAAGAAGGACAAAGCUGCUGAACGCCCGAAGCCGAAACUCCGCUCCAGCGGCGUCAACCAGAACGGUCCCAUUUGGGGCUUCUUCGAUAUCCCCGAAGUGCCCACGAAGGUCGUCGUGCAGGAUUAUGAUGCCGAGGCGCUGGGGGAUGCGUUGGCUGAGGAGCACAAGUAA